AUGGGAAGAGAAUCAACGGCCGAUCUUCCUUCAACCAAUCACCAAAACGCGACUGUUGUUCUAGACCUGACUGGUGAUGAAGAAGAUGGAGCGGCAGACGUGACGGUUGAUUGCAAUGCAGCAGCGGCACAACCAUCAGCCACACCAGCAGCCACAAAGGCAGCAAGCGCAGCAGCGGCACGAGAGGCAGCCGUUCCGCAGGCCUCUCAAGCGCCGCAAGUCCCGCAGGCCUCUCAAGCGCCGCAGGCCUCUCAAGCGCCGCAAGCCCCGCAGGCCUCUCAAGCGCCGCAAGCCCCGCAGGCCUCUCAAGCGCCGCAAGCCCCGCAGGCCUCUCAAGCGCCGCAAGCCCCGCAGGCCUCUCAAGCGCCGCAAGCCCCGCAGGCCUCUCAAGCGCCGCAAGCCCCGCAGGCCUCUCAAGCGCCGCAAGCCCCGCAGGCCUCUCAAGCGCCGCAAGCCCCGCAGGCCUCUCAAGCGCCGCAAGCCCCGCAGGCCUCUCAAGCGCCGCAAGCCCCGCAGGCCUCUCUGCCGUUUGAUGCCCAACCCUUCUGGAGCGGGCCUCUCUUCAUUAGAACCAUCGACACCACUCUCCUCCCUCUCGGCACCGUCACCGCUCACCUCUCCCUUACCGCCGUCACCCAGGUCUCCCUCGCUGCAGCCACUCUCACUCACCUCGCCGCCAAUACCCCCACACCUAGUACCGCACCUACCGCCGCACCUGCCGCCAUACCUCCCACUGCCACACCUGCCGCCGCACCUACCGCUACAGGCGAUCCCACCCGCCCUCCUGCCCCUCUGAACGCGCUUAUACUACAGGAGAGCAGGCGCAGUGACCCGGGGGCCUGGCCAGGAGUGUUCGCGCAUGCGCUGCACUCCCCCUCGGGCAUCUCCUUCCCCCACGCCGCCUUCUUCCUGCUGGGGCAGGGCGGGGCAGGUGGUGGUGGGGGGGUUGGUGAGGGUGGUGGGACAUGUGAUGGGGAGGCUGGUGAUGGGGCGGGAGACGCGUUUGCGGCGUAUGUGGGGAUGCGAAUGAGAGCGCGGGACGUGAUGUGUGAUGUGGUGCUACCGGGAGUGGCACGGGUCAGCUUCUACUCGUCUCACCUCAUGUCGCCUGCGUGUCAGAGUGAGUGA